AUGUUGGGUCCAUUUUCAGUCUUUACCUCUAUAGAAAGAAACAAGAAAAGAAAGAUGGGACGUCUCAUUAAUGUGCAUUUACCGCUGUUGCUGAUUCUACUCAUGGUUUCAUCAGGGCCAAAAAUGACGGAGUGCGCAAGAGUUUUUACCAUAUCUAAUUAUUGCAAAGAAACGGUAUGGCCGGCUGUCACCCCAGGUGAAAACUUCAAUGGUGGUGGAUUUGAGUUGAAAUCAGGCCAAUCUUUUGUUGUAACUGCCCCGGUUGGCUGGAGUGGUCGGAUAUGGGGCAGAACAGGAUGCAAAUUUGACAAAAGUGGUAAUGGAUCAUGCAAGACUGGGGCUUGUGGUACAUCCUUGAAAUGUAAGGCCUCAGGUGAAACCCCUGCUUCGCUUGCCGAGUUUACCCUAACAACACUCGAUUUUUACGACGUUAGCCUUGUCGACGGGUUUAAUUUGCCAAUAACUGUUACACCAAUAAAUGGAAAAGGAAAUUGCAGUGUUGCUGGCUGUAAUGCAGAUUUGAGAACUAGCUGUCCUUCGGAGUUGGCUGUUAAGUCUAGCGGUAAAGGGGUAUAUGGAAACCCUGUAGUGUGUCAACCUACAUAUUAUUCAAAGAAGUUCAAAGAAGCAUGCCCCACUGCUUACAGCUAUGCGUAUGAUGAUCCUACCAGUAUUUUUACGUGUUCGGGAACAGAUUAUGUUGUCACCUUUUGCUUAUCCAGGAAGCAGACGGUUUGUACUUACCAUAAUAACAAGCUUGUUUGCAAUGGAUCAAACAGCUUAAAAUCAUUGAUCGGAAAAUGGUGGAUUCUCAUGCUCGCAUUAUUGCCACUAUUUAGCGUACCGGAAGCAGCCCCGUUCACGGCCGUUUUGAAAUUCGCUGCGGAGGAAUUCAAAGUCCCUCCCCAAACCAGCGCUAUCAUCACCAACGAUGGAGUAGGAAUCAAUCCUCAACAAAGUGCAGGCAAUGUCUUCCUUAAACAUGGUUCCGAACUGCGCUUGAUCCCUCGUGACAGGUCCUUUCUUUUCCAUUUUGUGGAACCUUAUUUGCAUCGGAGAUUUGAGCUUGGGCUUGAUGAUGAUGAGUCAAAGGCCAGGUUGCUUCUAAUCAAGGCCAACAUAGAUGCAGUGUUUUUAUUAUUGUUGUACCUUGAGUCAGAUGAUGGAUCUAGUGUAACUUUUACGUGCCUCGUGGAUGGGUUACCCGCAUUGUUUUGUGGGACAUUGCUACGAAAUGAAAGGAUUGCUCCUGGACUUGCCACAUAG